UUAUGCCUGCGACAUUUCGGUUAUCAAACAGAACAAACAGCAAAUGCAUUGCUGAAUACCACUGAAUUACCGUUAGAUCUGCAAGCCUUAAUUUCAGUAGAAUUAAAAGAGGAAAAUGCACCAAUGGUUCAUGCCGGAUCUUCUCCCUUUUAUGAUUUUACUGACGAUGAAAUUUCCGACGAUAAAGUGAAGAUGAACGAGACGAAACUGUCAGACCCGUUGAUUUGCAUGAAACCACCACAGCUAUCCACUAAUCCUAGCAUUCCUCAAAAUGCUUUCGAAUCAAAAACAGGAAAUAAUAGUCGGGAAUGUAUGAAAGUUGAGUAUGGUGUCGAAGCAUUUUUAAGGAGAAAAAAAAUCAAUACGGAAAUCAAAAAUAAGCCAUUAUUCACUGAAACAUUUGAUGUGCCAGAUUCUGAAAAGGUUGCCCUGAGGCCAACCUAUGAACGAUAUCGUUAUGUGAAAAGAGCAUCGCCGGAAUACAAUAUGUAUGAUGAUGAAUAUGAUGAUACAUAUGAUCAGUAUCAAAACUAUGAUUUGGACUUCAGCAAUGGUGAUAUUGCAAUCGAAAAAGCUGGAAUUGAACCGAAUACGAAUCGUAUACCAAUGCAUGAUGAAGCAGACGAUAAUGUAGAGAAUGAUGAGAAGAGAAAAUUUGGAGGAGAUAGCGCACAAAAAAAACAUUUAAAGAAUGACCGAAAAUUGAUGAAUGCCGAUGAAAAAAAUCAAAACAUUGUCUGUGUAAAGAGAGCCGGACAUUCAUCAGGAAGUGCUUCUAACGAAGCGCAUAAAUCGAAAUAUACGGGUGGUCGGGAACGGCAGUUAAAAGAACGCCGGAAAGGCGAAUUCAGACGGCAACAAGCUGAUAAGAAGAUGCGUAGUGGAAUGUUUUGA